AACAAAUACAUUUUACAAAACAAAAUAUAAGGAUAUAUUGCAAAAGAAUUAAAUGGAAAUUAUUGGUUGCUUCUAAGGCUCAGAUUUAUCCCAUUUCUCACAUCAAAAUCCUGUGCUCAUGUAAUUCUGUAUCAGGAAUAACUAAAUUCCACAACGAAUAUAAAAUACAUUUUAAUGAACAACUUGGGUAAGCAAACAGUGGGGGGGGAGGCAAGCAGAAGUUGCCCUGGCAAAUUAAUAGAUAAUUCCCCAUUCUUAGCUUUCAUAUUUAAAAAGCAAACCAUAAUUCAUUAUCCUUUAUCAGUUACAAGUUAGCAGGGAAAUGACAGAUACUGUUUUGUCCAAUUAUUUGGUGAGAAACCAUCUGCUCCCAUCUUUCAGUAUUGUUUGGUCAAUGAGUAAAUCAGGGCAAUGAUUGAUAUACCUAUUAUUUAGAGUUUCCAAAUGUAUUUUUAAGCCUUUUCCCCUCACUUUUCCUCUAGACUGCUAUUGAGUAAUCCCAAAAUCCAAAAUAAAAGGAUUUUAGUGAACAUAUAAUUAUACUGUGCUGUUUCUACAAAAAUAACAAGAUAAAGGCUUCCUCUUCCCGAUAUAACUAACUAAAAUGUCACAGGAAAAAAACCAGAUUUCCUUCCCUGUUGGCAAACAUUUCAUUAUUCCCCAAUGCAAUGCACCCAUCAUUAUUCAUAAUAUUACAGAGAUAAUGGAUUACAUUAACUUGACCAAAUAACCCACAACUGUUAUGACCAAUAUACGGAGAGUAAACAAAAGAAAAUUCACUUUCCCAACCUUGUAUUAAGCUAGGCCUAGGCCUUACAACCUAGACCAGGGAUAGGCAACCUUGGCUCUUGGCUCCCAGAAAUCCUGAGCCAACCAUGCUGAGGGGAAAGGGAGAGGUUUCCAAGCUGAGCCAUGCUGGCUCAGGAAUUCUGGGAGUUGAAGUCCACGAGUCAUAAAAGAGCCAAGGUUGCCUACCCCUGACCUAGAGCAUUGACAGGAAGGAGAUGCAGAUUUCUGCAUAUGGAAAGAACAAUUAAAUGUAGCUAGCAUUUUUUUUAAUUCAGUAAAUUACAAGCAUUUGGGGUGGUUGUUUGCCUCUCUAGAAAUCUAAUGUGGGUUUGUGUAUUUUAUCUGUAUACAUCUGCCUAUGAUUAAUCUAUAUAUUUCUAAAUACAUGCAAAUAUUUCAAAAUAUUCUGUUGCCUUCUCCCCAAAGGAAACCAACUCUGUACUCAGAAAAGUGAAGUAGCUUAAACACUCUUGUAAGAGCACAGUGGCCUGGCUGCCCAUAGCAGAUUCAGAAAAGUCUCUUCUACUUUUUUAUAGAAAACUUCCAAUUUCAGAAAAUAUGUGUAGCUAUGAGUUAAACAGUUGGGUUCUUCGUAUUCUCUGAGCUUGGUUGCUUUCCUGCAGACGUUUCAGUUAUAGACUAAAGUAAUGUCUUCAGAGAACUCCAAAAACACAAUGGAGACUUUCCUUUUGCAAGACUUUGCUUUCUUGUUAGUUCAGGCUGUCAAACAGAAAUCUCAUUUCCUGCUACCCAUCAUACAAAACAUAACCCUGUUGCUUAAUUUGAGCGAGCUGGGGGAAAAUGUAUUUCUUAGGUAGGAAAGAAGGAACAAACCAAUCCGGAAUGCAUUUUCAGUUUUCGUAACGAUAAAAACAGCUGAACUUGCAGAAUCAGACCAUGGCAUAAUUAACACAACAACCCUAGUCCAACAGCUCAGUAAACAAUGUUUUCCUUUCCCCUCCCACUGCUGUUGCCCGUUCACCUUUUCCUGCUGUUUCUGGUGCUUGCCAACAGCCCCCCUCCUCAAACGUCAGAGAUAAUGCUAUGCAGCAAUGUUAUUCAUUAAUCUUUUUAGCAAUGCAACUAGAGCAGAACUUGGCCAUGAAUGUGAGAGGAGCAACAGAACGUGCCUCUCAGGCUUGCCUGGUGUAAAUGCAGGUGGCUUUGGAGGAAAUGGCAGGCUGGUUCCACCACUGCUGAAAUUGGAUUUCCUCUCAGUAUCCAAAGGGACAGAAGACAGUGCCCCUCCCCGCCAGCACGUUCCCUCUUACCUCCAUGGAUGCAGAGUCAAAGGACUACAAGGACUGCAGGGACUGAGAAGGGUCGGGCUCUGGCUACCAGGUGACAAACUGCAAAGGAAGAGAGGCAACCAAAGGAAGGGUUGACAUCAGGGUUGUUAUCACUGCCCUCUCAUGGUGCCUGGAGGCUGUGGGAAUCUGGAUGAGGGACAACAGCCUGAACCAUGAAAUCAAAGCCUCUGUCUAGGACCCUUCAACCUGACACCAUCCCAAGAACAGAUCUCUCUGUCCAACCCAGCCUGUAGCUCCAAUCCUCCUGGAACAUUGCUCCUUCCUUGGUUGAGAGAUAGCUCAAGAUUAACCUGGUAUAUAAGCAAGGUUGGGAAAGAGAAGAUUAUAAAAUAUGAAUGCAGAGCCAGGGGCAGACUUCUCUGCAAGGGACGAUAGACCCCCGCAAUAACCAGCACCUCUAGGAGGAGAGAAACACCCAUCACUCAAGCUGGAAGAAACUGAAUAUGGUACAAGUUGUCAUUGCAGUGGUGGUGAUGGUGUGGUUGGCUGCACCAGAACUCUUGAGCGAUCCUGGCAAUUGUGCUCCCCAGAAUUUGAUUUGCUACAAGCCCUGCUGUGAAGCAUCCUUCCACUGUCUUAUGAACUGCUCCUGGGAGACUGGAUGUAAAGAAGAUGUCAACUACAUCCUCAACUUUAGGGAUCAAACAGAAGGGAAGAAAAAGACAUUUGAGGUUGAAAAGGCCACCCACUUUAUUUUUAGCACGGACACGUUCUACGCUCUAAGAAAUGUUACUGUCUGGGUAGAAAGCGUGCCUAGGGACGGUCCUCCUCGGGUCUCAAAAAAUCAUACACUGCUGCUCAAGGAAGCCAUAAAAUUUAAUCCACCAUCAGCCAAGUCUAUCAGCAUUUCUAGAUCGAAAGGUAUCCUGACCUUGAAAUGGCCUGGAUCCAGCACUUGUCGCUCUACACUAAACCAAGUCAGGAUAAGUCAGUUCCACCAUACAAACUGGACACUGGGAAAUUGUAGCUCCGAAAAGGAUGAUAACACCAUGGAGGAAUUAAUAGUUGCCACGUGUCAUCUGGGAAAAAAUAUCCCUUAUGAAGCGCAGGUUCGGUAUCGAACUGAUCACUCAAGCAGUCACUGGAGCAGCUGGAGCGAAAUCUUCCUUAUUCCCACAGAAAUCCUCAGAAGUCCCUCAGUAAAUUAUACUGUGGGGUCCCUAGGAAAGAAAGGCCUGAGGACUGUGACUCUGCAGUGGGGGAGACCUCCUAUGGAGCAAGGGGAAGUGAGCUAUAAUCUCACUUUUGUGAUGCUGGCCUGCAAGCAGUGCCUUUUUGGCUUGGAAAAAUACAACAUUAUCGUACGUGGUGCAACUAGGUGCUACACUGCUCUUUCUGCAGCUGAAUAUAACAUUUCGCUGGUGGCAUUUAACAAAGUGGGACAUUCUCCAGCUUAUUCCUUUAAGCUACCACCAGAACAAAAUGCAGUCCUAGGUCCCAAUUUUCUGAACGUCAGUCUGUCCGGAAGGAAUUUUACUCUGAAGUGGAAAGUGGAUGACGAUUUUGCUCUCUUUUGCUUUGAAGUUCAGCCUCUUGGAGAAACUUUGCCUAAGAAAGACUGCAUGGAUCCUAAUGCUUACCUGGUUACAGGGAAAAUGGAGUCCAACAGGUGUUACCGCUUUGCAGUGUACAGAUAUAACACUACAGAGCAGUGGAAAACUUUUGGACAUGGGUACCUUUUUCAUAGAAAUGCGUCUCUUGAAGAUGCCACCCAUGUAAAUGUGACUAACCAAACAGCAAAUUCUGCUGUCAUCCAGUGGAAGCCUCCCAGAGCCCUCUCUGAUUGCCCAGGUGUACUGAAGAAAUAUGUCAUAUGUUGUCAAAAGGAGCAAUACAGUAACAUCACAUAUUAUGAUGUCAACGUGUCACAAACAUGGUAUACGAUCCAGGACUUAGAGCCUGACACUGUCUAUCUUGUUGGCAUCUGGGUCUCUACGGCAAACAACAAAGACAACUGCAAAGCUUUUUAUAGAUUUCUUACCAAAGCUCCAGAUCUCAAGCAGCUGCCACCGGUGCUUAGCUUUCUAUUUAUAGGGAUUUUUGGAGUCAUCCUUAUUGUCACCACCAUCUUCUACUUUCUCAAAAAAAGAAUGAAAAAUGUAUUCUGCUCAGCACUGCCAGAUCCUGCUAAUACAGAAGCUGUGAAGUUCCACACCAUAGCAGAAGCAGAGCAGGCCCAGGUAAAAUUGAGUUUUAUGGAACCAGUGGAAUCCAACAGCCCCAUGGAACCAUUGGUUGUAGAACCUUCAUUUGACAAAGAGGAGUCAGUUACUGAUACAACAAUGGACUUCUUGGGAUUUGUCAAAGGAAAAGAAGAGGAACAUUCUCCCAAGGAGGAUGAGGUAGUCUCUGAUGAAAUCCUACUUUCUGAAUAUAAGGGGCAAAGAUUUUUGAGUCCUGUGGAAGAAUCUGAAGAUUUUGUAGAUGUUUCUCAUGAAGAAAGCACUGGUAAUGGUCCCCAUCUCUUCUUGAACAAUACUGAAGCUAGAGACCAAAAUGACAUGUGUAUGUCCCAAGUUCCACUCUCCUUCAAACUGUUUGAUAAACUGGUGGUGAUUAAGAAUGUAGGUGAAGGCUUUGACAUUCCAUGCAGUGAUGGUGCUUCAACCUAGAUCUAUUUUUGAGCUUCUAGAAUACAUCUUACUAUCUUACAGAUAGCAAAUCGAAAAAAGGAAAUGGCAGACAACUUCUACAACCACUCUCUGAGGAAAGACACCAUAGCCAGGAGGCACAGCAUACUUUUCAAGAAGAUAAUAUUUGUUGUAUUGUAUUGAAGUAGUGCUGCAUAGUUUUCUUUACCUGAGAUCUUGAACAGUUAUUGCUAGUUGGAAAAGUGGCAAUAGUGGAAUACAUACAUCAUGUGGUAGAGAUAGCUUCAACUGAUAAACCUCACUUGAUUCAGUAUCUAACAUUGGGUUCUUUUUCUAGCGUUCUGGGCCACAAGGCUGGGAAAAACUAUCUAUGAAAGGGGCAUAACUUGAGACCCCCUCCCUCAAAUGAUGCAUCUUGUGGAGUUCAUUUUAAAGUUCCCACUGAAUUGUACAUUUUAUAUGAUAAAAGUGGAGUAACCCAUUAAUUGUGUUCAAUGAAUUUAAUUUCAAUUUUGUUUGACUGA